GACUAUUCACUUCGGCCGCCAUCACUGCACACAAGCUAAUAUAUUAGCCGAAACAUUCUGUGUAAAGCGACUGACAACAGCGUAAACAACACAAAUACCGACGGCAUUCCUAGAAGGGGGGUGAAUUAACGUUAAAUUUCCUGUCCUGGCGCAGAAAGCUGACUAGCAGCUGCCUUUCAUGUAGUCUUUAAGUCAACUUAGUAACGAAAGUCGCUCAAGUAAUCAUGUCCAACCUCAAAGGCGGCACCAAGAAGGACACCAAGAUGAGGAUACGAGCUUUUCCUAUGACGAUGGAUGAGAAAUAUGUAAAUAACAUCUGGGACCUUCUAAAGAAUGCCAUCCAGGAGAUCCAAAGGAAGAACAACAGUGGGCUGAGCUUCGAGGAGCUGUACAGGAAUGCCUACACAAUGGUGCUCCACAAGCACGGAGAGAAGCUCUAUACAGGCCUGAGGGAGGUGGUCACAGAACACCUCAUCAAUAAAGUGCGAGAAGAUGUCCUAAACUCCCUAAAUAAUAACUUUCUGCAAACACUGAACCAAGCCUGGAACGACCAUCAAACUGCAAUGGUUAUGAUCAGAGACAUCCUGAUGUACAUGGAUAGGGUUUAUGUUCAGCAAAACAACGUGGAGAAUGUAUACAACCUCGGCCUAAUCAUAUUCAAGGACCAGGUGGUGCGCUACGGCUGCAUUCGGGACCACCUGCGGCAAACGCUGUUGGACAUGAUCGCACGGGAAAGAAAGGGGGAGGUUGUGGACAGGGGUGCCAUAAGAAACGCGUGCCAGAUGCUGAUGAUUUUGGGUCUGGACGGUAGAUCUGUAUAUGAGGAGGACUUUGAAGGCCCCUUUUUAGAUAUGUCAGCUGAAUUCUUCCAGAUGGAGAGCCAAAAGUUCCUGGCAGAGAACAGCGCCAGUGUCUACAUAAAGAAGGUGGAGGCUAGAAUCAAUGAGGAGAUUGAGCGAGUUAUGCACUGCUUAGAUAAGUCAACCGAAGAGCCAAUUGUUAAGGUAGUGGAAAGGGAGCUUAUUUCCAAACAUAUGAAAACCAUUGUGGAAAUGGAGAAUUCGGGCUUGGUCCAUAUGCUCAAGAAUAGCAAAACAGAAGACCUGGCCUGCAUGUACAAGCUGUUCAGUCGAGUGCCAAAUGGCCUGAAAACAAUGUGCGAGUGUAUGAGCUCCUAUUUAAGGGAACAAGGAAAAGCUCUCGUGUCAGAAGAGGGAGAGGGCAAGAACCCAGUUGACUACAUCCAGGGUCUGCUAGACUUGAAAACACGAUUUGAUCAUUUUCUCCUCGAGUCCUUCAACAAUGACAGACUGUUUAAACAAACCAUCGCUGGAGACUUUGAAUAUUUUCUCAACCUCAACUCCCGCUCCCCUGAGUACCUGUCACUGUUCAUAGAUGAUAAGCUGAAAAAGGGAGUAAAAGGGCUGACAGAACAAGAAGUGGAGUCUAUUCUGGACAAGGCAAUGGUGUUGUUCAGGUUUAUGCAGGAGAAGGACGUCUUUGAAAGAUACUACAAGCAGCAUCUGGGUCGGCGGCUUCUCAGCAACAAGAGCGUUUCAGACGAUUCAGAGAAGAACAUGAUCUCUAAGCUGAAGACCGAAUGUGGCUGUCAGUUCACCUCUAAACUGGAAGGAAUGUUUCGAGACAUGAGCAUCUCAAACACUACCAUGGAUGAGUUCAGGCAAUACAUACAGAGCAUAUCGGCUUCUUUAAGUGGUGUAGACCUAACAGUAAGAGUCCUGACCACAGGCUACUGGCCAACACAGUCUGCCACACCUAAAUGCACCAUCCCGCCUGCUCCUAGAGACGCAUAUGAAGUCUUCAGAAGGUUUUACCUUGCUAAGCACAGUGGAAGGCAGCUCACACUACAACACCACAUGGGUGGAGCAGACCUAAAUGCAACUUUCUAUGGAGCUAUUAAAAAGGAGGAUGGUUCUGAGGUGGGUGUCGGUGGAGCACAGGUAACCGGAACUAACACCAGAAAGCACAUCCUGCAGGUCUCCACCUUCCAGAUGACCAUCCUCAUGCUCUUCAAUAACAGGGAAAAGUCCACUUUUGAGGAGAUUCAACAGGAGACUGAUAUACCAGAGAGAGAGCUGGUGCGGGCGCUGCAGUCCUUAGCCUGUGGCAAGCCCACACAGAGAGUUCUAACGAAAGAGCCAAAGUCAAAAGAGAUCGAAAAUGGCCAUGUUUUCACAGUCAAUGACCAGUUUACCUCCAAGCUGCACAGAGUCAAAAUCCAGACAGUUGCUGCUAAACAAGGGGAGUCAGAUCCUGAAAGAAAAGAGACACGGCAGAAAGUCGAUGAUGACAGAAAGCAUGAGAUCGAGGCAGCAAUUGUCCGCAUCAUGAAAUCCAGGAAGAAGAUGCAGCACAAUGUCCUGGUAGCAGAGGUGACCCAGCAGCUUCGAGCAAGGUUCCUCCCCAGUCCUGUGGUAAUCAAAAAGCGCAUUGAAGGACUGAUAGAAAGAGAAUACUUGGCACGGACGCCAGAGGAUCGUAAAGUGUACACCUAUGUGGCAUAGAGAGGAAACCUGAGGAGAAGAGAUUGGAACGUUUUCCGUGGACUGUUGUUGCGUAUGGACUGUAAGCUUCUUUUACAGAGAAUGACUGGAAACCUGAUUCAUUGACUCCUGCAAAAAAAAAAAGCAGUAAGCUCCUCUUGUACAUGGGACGUAAAAACUUGGGAUAGAGAAAAAAAAGGAAUCAGAUGUUCUAGAUUUCUUUUCAAAUCGGGCCCGGUCUUCCUAUUCCCAGUGAGUUUUUACAUGGAGGGAUCCAGCUUCAAGAUUUUCACUGUUUUACCCUGGUAGAGUUCAAAACUUGCAAUGAAUCCCGUGGGAAAAUGUGAAUGCACCACAUUAUUUUUUUUUUGUUUUGUUUUGUUUCAGUACUGUAUGAAACUAAUAAAAUUAUUCAAACAAAAAAAUGUGGACUG